AUGGACAAAGUAAAACGAAGUAAGAAACCCAAUAGUCCCAGUCGAGAGCAUUAUCGCGACAGCCAUUAUCAACGAGUAACCCAAGUAAAGCGAAGCAGACACUGGCCCACUCAAACUCUGCAGAUCAAACACCAGAUAAUUGAUCGAGUACAGGAAAACAUAAAGCGCAACCGAGCCAGAUGCAUAAAAGGCCUUCCACCACCACAUCCAGUCCUCGACACACAAAUGCAUGUAAGUCAAAACAACAGAAACCUCGGCACAGACAACCACCAGCAGCAAAAGAACAAUAAGCAAGAAACCAAACACAAUCUCCCGAGCCAGAUACUCGAGAGUAUGAAGAAAAGCUCGAUAAAGAGGGUCCCGAAGGGCAGUGUACCUGCACCUAAAACGAGAAGCCACGAGGGGUAUUUUCGAGAAGGGUACGAAAUGAUCUCGGCCCUUGAACCAAAAAGCCCGCCCACGAGUGUUAAAGGCACCGAGAUGCAAAACCACAGGGAAAAGAGUAUGAAAAAUAGGGAAAUCGGGAUGGCGCCAGUACUGUUACUUCCCCAAAGGAUGAAAUUCAAGAAGGUCAAUAUAGAAAAAACGAUCCCCGGGAAAAAGCAUGCUAUCGACCAAGCAACCGAUCUCCACCCCUCGGACGAACCCUUAAUAGUCGUCCACAUGCGCACACCAAAGUACCCAGCAGCGAUUCCGAGGAAGAGAUAA